AUGAAGACAACGGCGCUUGCUCUCGCGGCAGCCGCAUUCGCACCCAAUGUGCUCGCGUGGGGUGCCGCAGGACACGAAAUCGUCGCAACCAUCGCUGAGAUUCACCUAUACCCGGAAGUCAAGGAGAAGCUAUGCCACAUUCUGCCGCCCGAGGCAGAAUGUCACCUUGCACCCGUCGCGGCGUGGGCAGACACGGUACGCGGCCGGUACCCGGGGACCGGUCCCAUGCACUAUGUUAACCCGAAGGAGGACAACCCCGGAACGCAUUGCACGUUCGGCGAGCACGGCUGGAUCAACGAGGACGUCAACGUUCUCACGGCCAUCGUGAACAAGACCGAGGCUCUUCGCGGUGGUGGCGGCGGGGACAUCAACCUGCGUUUCCUGAUCCACCUUAUGGGCGACCUGCACCAGCCUCUGCACCUGACGGGCCGCGACCGCGGCGGCAACAACGCGCGGUUCAAGUUUGAGGGCCGUGUGCGCUCUCUGCACAGUGUCUGGGACUCUGGUAUUCUGCUGAAGAACAUCCGCGAGUUCUCCAACUACACCGCGCCUCUGCCGAGCAAGCACAUUGAGGAGGCGCUCCCCGGCGCCAUCUUCGACAGCUACGUCCGCUGGAUUGUCUGGGAGGGUAUCAGGCAGUGGUGGCCGAACGUGCAGGAGGAGUGGCUGGCCUGCCCCGCCGACGGAGACCCGUACCCGCACUCCCUGCUCGAGGACAUCCCCCGCAACGAAGUCGACCACGGCGAGUGGUACCGCUCCGCUGUCGACUAUGCGCACGGCGCGGUCGGAUACCUCCCCAACGCGCUCGGUGACGUGAUCCGCCUCAGUAUCCCGGCGCCUGUCGAGGUCGGCGAGGGCAUGCGCGACGCCCUCCUCGAGCUCCACCCCAAGAACGAGCCGAAGCACAUCGGCCCCGCUUGCCCUUACACGUGGGCGCGCGAGAUCCACGGCACGAACUGCGCCCACGCCUGGCCGCUCGAGUACGACCCCCACGGCCCGCUCAUCGAGCUCGACACGGACGAGUACCUCGGCAAGAUUGGCCGGGCCAAGGUCCUCGAGCGCCUAUUUGCCAUGGGCGGACUGCGCCUCGCAAAGGUCCUGAACGAGGCCGUCAGCGACGGCAAGCUCAAGGGCGUCUACGUCAACUACCCCAAGUACGAGGCUGAGAAUGAGACCGCCGAGGCGCGGCCGAGCGCAGAGACGAGGCGCACCGCCGAGCUCUAG